AUGAUGAUUCUUUCGCUGAAAAGGCCCAGAAUUUUCGAAGAGGCGGCCAUAGGAAAAUUUGCCGCCAAUUACAGAAUUCAUUUGGGCGAUGAAGGAAGCGGGCCCGCCUCCCAAGCUUAUCACGCCAGUAGCUUCCGGUUUAAACUUGCCGACAUUUUCAUAACUGCAACCGAAAGUGAAAUUCCGAAGAAGGAUCAUAGGAGCCGUGUAGAUAAUUCACGGAAUAUCGACACGUGUUGUCUCCUACAAUCGAAGGCCUGCCUCCGAGAGACUUGCAGAGAUGGACCACAUUGUGUCCAAGAAAGAGCACUCGAUGUAUCGAUAACACCUCUAAUCUCGACAGCUGGCUCUCCAAGUGAAAGUUUCAUCAGAAAAUCUCCAUCUGAGGCCACAAGAUCGGCUUCUGGCACAGCUGAAACAAAUGACCUGAAAGCCAGACGAUCAGCACGAUUCUUGGACCGUUGGAUUGCUCGAUUCACAAGGUCCCAGUCCACAGUGAAACCAGCAUUGCUUAGUUCUGCAAAGGAAAAUGCAGAUAGGAAAACGGAGAAUAAAACGGCAAGCACUAUACAGAGUGACAUGUGA